GCUUUACCAGGAAUUGCGUUUAAAUAUGCACCAGUCAUGCGCACAUUUUGCAGUGUUUCAAGAAAGUGAAACAACGACGUUUUGAAUUUGUAGGGAAGAAAAGCGAAAUAUAAAGUAAGACAGAUAAGCUCGAACUCACAAGAAGAAAAAUGAAGGCUUUCAAGAGUUCUGUACUUGUUAUCUGUGUUUGUCUUAUUCUGAAUGGUAACGUCGCUUCCGCAGUAAGUGUUUUUAAAAUUAUAGAUCAUAUGACAUAUUUGCGAUGAGUUUUACCUGUAGCAAUUAAUAAAAGUCAGUGCGUCACUGUAUAACGGCCACUGAAACACUUGCAGUUUGCACUUCGUUUUAAGCAGACUAUGGAGAGUACUAUAUAUCUGUCUUCUUAACUUUCGCUUGAAACGUCUAGUAAAUAUAUAUUAGUUCAGUCGAAUUCUAUAUUCUAUCAUAAUAACAGUAUGUACUGAUUGAAGAAGCGAUAUGUCGAAGACGAAACCGAAGGACUGAUGUCUGAAAAAUAUAGUCUACAUUUAACAAUAUACAUAAUCCUAAAUGGCUGUGAUUUUUUGUUCGAACUAACUGACAAUCUUCUGAGGAGUAACUUGAACCCGGCGGAUCAAACAAGGAUACGAGUUCAAGACAGCGUCCUGGCAGUCACCCAAUCUUUGCUUUCCCAACACUGUAAUAUCUAUUUAGUUAAAACAUAGUUGAAAGACUUACCAACCCUAGAGCUUGAAAUCUCCCCUGUGAAAAUGUGUGACUGCCAAUUACUCUCGUACAACUCUUAUUAUAUAGUAGAGAGUGAGAUACUGAAAAAUACACAGUGAGAUAUUUGUUCUCGUGUUAAAAACAAUAUUUUACCCCAUCGCUGCGCUCGUUCGUACGGAUAAAAGUCUUAUCUUUGCGACGCUGUGUCAUAUCCUCCUCUAUUUAUCCUCGUUAGACUUCAACCGGGCCCGGGGCUUCGUCAAAAAGCAACUGACGCGAUGGCAAACUGAGAAACAUGAUCAGUUUACGCCUUUCUUGACUUUAGCUUUUGAGAGACAAUAAAGAAUUUAAAUACACUUGUCAUUUCAAACAUGUAAUGUGUAUGAUGAUGCUUUUCACAAAAGAACAUAUGAAGUCGGAGUAGUCAACGAGAACUUUGCAAAGACUUUUCCGUUGCCUCGCUCAAACACAAGGGUGGGUUGACUACAAACUUUUUGUAGUUCGCUAUAACUACAGCUACUUCAAAAAUAUGUAGUCAGCUACAACUACUGCAUGGUACUUUUGAACAACAGUAGUUCGCUACUGACUACAGCUAUACUGCUUAAAAAAUGUAGCGAAUUAUUUCGCUAUUUCGCUACGCAUAUAUUUUUUAAUUUUACUGUAUUUGGAGCAUCUACUAGCUCAGGCUGUAAUGUAACCUACGACUUACGAGUAAAUAAGAUGGCAUGCACUUGCAUGGCAUAUUUUAUUCAUGCAAAUUGAGUAUUGAUUUUAAGCAAACCGUGUCUCAAUAUCAUGCUAUUCUAUCUAGUUGCUAACAAUUUUAAAAAGUAGCGAAUAGCGAUUUUCUGUUUGAAAUUGAAAAGUAGUCAACUACUUGGCUACUUUUAGGCAAAAUGUAGUUCGCUAUAACUACAGUACUGUUUUGAAAAAGUAGUCAAAAACUACUCAUGGCUACUUGAAAAUUGUAGUUCGCUACAGUAGCGAACUAUAUAACUACUUCGCUACUACCCACCCUUGCUCAAACAUGAGGGUUUGAUGAACUCCCUAAACCUCUAUGGCUGUUCACGGGCGACAAAUUAGAAUUUCCUGUUGCAAGGCAAUAAGAACAAAAUGAAAUGAUUUAAUAUGUUAAAACUGUGAUUUAAUCUUUUUUUACUAAGAAAAGUAAUAUAUAUUAAGUUGACGAAGAAUCGUUGGACCUUGCGUUGAGCUGUCGACUCAGUUCUCGAAGGGUCUUCGCUCGUAAAGUUCAAGUGUUCCCAUAUUUGAGUGUUUACACUUUUUCAUUUUAAAUUGUAGUGGUCACCAUGGACUGUAGGUGCAGCUGUAGCUGGUGGUGUUGGUGCAGUUGUAGCAGCGCCUGUUGUCUUGGGAGCAGCUGGUUUUACUGCGGCUGGCAUAACAGCAGGUUCGCUUGGAGCAUCCAUGAUGUCUGCAUUGGCACCGACUAUCGCUGGUGGUGUUGUAGCUACUCUUCAAUCUGUUGGUGCAGCAGGAUUGGGUUAUGCAGGGUCUGCUGUAGUAGGAGCUGCUGGAGCUGCCGCUGGAGCCGCUUUUACCAAGUAAUGGAAGAUGUUAGAAACUAAACAUUGAAACUGAUGAUCUUGGUUAUUGAUAAAUAAGAAACCUAUAUGCGAUGUUCUUAAAUGUUUUCGUUUUGAAAGUUUCACUAGCUAUGCCUAUAUGUCUAUGUUCAAGUAUAAAUAUAUAUAUAUAUAUUCAAGUAUAAAUAAUACUAUUAUAAAUACUUGUAACUUUUGAGAUUCUUUUGUAAAGUGUGGGUUUAUUUUUGUGUGAGUAGAACACAAAAGAUUAGAAUAUGACACGGAAUGGGCCGAUAAUUAUAGAAUGGCAUGCAGUAGACAAUAGAAAUGGUGAGAUCUGUACAUACAAGAGUCAAGAGUGAAUAAAAUAGUCCAAAG